AUGGUUAAUCUCGAAACACGUUCAAGAAUUCGGAAGGAUGGUGUUCACCGACUAUCAUUCACCGGUUCCUCCCUUACUACUACUGUGCUUAUAGUCACUUUAUGUGCAGCAUUUAUUGCACUAACCAAAAAUAUGCAGAAACCUGGAUGCUAUCGUCGACCAUAUAAUACAUCACAGCUUGGUCAUGAAGUUUUGUUGGCUGAUGGAUCUCAUCAGUUUCGUAUAAUGGUUGUGACAGAUCUUGACAAGAGCAGUAAGCAUCCGACAGAAGAAAAUCAAUGGCAGAGCUUCAUAGAAUUUGGUAUUCUCACAGUGAAUAAGGAUUACACUGAAGCAUCUCUUAAAUGGAAUAGCAAUGAACAGAUUUCACUUUAUUCGACAAUUGCUGGUGGUGGACGGUCGAUGGAACUAUCUGAUCUUGUCGUUUUUGAUGGGAAAUUGUUAUCAAUAGAUGAUCGAACCGGAAUUAUUUAUCGAAUCGAAAAAGACAUGGCUUAUCCUUGGAUUUACCUCAGUGAUGGUGCUGGAAAUGCAACCAAAGGUUUCAAAGGUGAAUGGAUGACGGUGAAAGAUGGUAAUCUUUACGUCGGUGGCCUUGGGAAAGAGUGGACAACAACAGAAGGUGUAUUUGACAACGAGGAUCCUAUGUGGAUCAAGCUUGUAACUCCCGAGGGUAGUGUCGAGCAUAUCAGUUGGGUUAAUGAAUACAAGAAAUUACGUUCUGCAGUUGGGAUUGAGUGGCCUGGUUAUAUGGUACACGAAUCAGUUCAGUGGUCAGAAAUCUACAAAAAGUGGUUCUUCUUGCCCAGAAGAGCUAGUAAGCAAGUAUACAACGAAGCAGAGGAUGAAGAAAGAGGAACUAAUUAUUUGCUUUCUGCUUCGGAGGACUUUUCUGACAUAAAAUACCAACAGAUUGGGCCAUUAAGCAGUACAAGAGGCUUCUCAGCUUUCCAAUUUGUUCCUGGUACUAGUGAUCGAAUAAUUGUGGCAUUAAAAUCGGAGGAAAAAGACACAUUACCAGUAGCCAGUUACAUAACAGUAUUUAAUCAUGAAAUGGGUCAUAUCUUGCUCGAAGAAAUGCCACUCUUUGGCAAGUUCAAAUAUGAAGGAAUAGCAUUUGUCUGA